AUGUCUAGUAACAUCCCUCCAACAUUUCCCGCUUUCUGUCUCUUCAUCCACGGCGUAUUUAAGUCCCAAGAGCCGCCCCUGAGAGCCUUGGCUGAAUGGCUUCGCGCAGCCUGCGACUUCUGCCAUACUUCCAAGAUCAAGUGCUCGGGAGGGAAGCAGUGCUCAAGCUGCAGCUCGCUUAACAUGGCCUGCUCGUACAGCUAUACGAGGCACACUGGUCGACCACGAGGGGCUCGUAAUAGGAAGACUCUCGAGCGCGUCCAGCAGUUUCAAGUUGAGCUGGACUUGCGAUCGAUCACCGACGGCGGAGGUGCGCCAUCUAUCCGGGACAUGACGACUUCCGCCCCUGAAUUGCAAUCAAGGACCGAAACGUCUGCCCGCGAGAAUGGCACAAGCUCCCAGAACGAGAGCCUCUUGCACCUCCAGUCGAAUGAUCCCUAUGUUGGAGACAUGCUCGAUGGCCAGAGUGGCGGAAACUCCGCGUUUGACGACGCAAUGGACUCUGACCUGUACGAAGUCGAGUCUGAGUUUCAUUCCGAUUCCACUCUCAUUCCGGGCCUACUCAGUCCUGCAGUAACGGUAACUCCUUUCCAGCCGAUAAGUAAGACUCCUUCGUUUGGAACUGAUGAUGUAGAAGCUAACCUGAUGCAGUCACAGAACGAACAGCUUCUUGAGCAUGAGCAUCAGACGACAUUCGAAGCAUCGAACCCAGCGGAGCCCUCGGAUAUCUCAUCGAUGGAUAUGCUCACAGAUAUGUCUGCACUCGAUCCUCAACUCCCACGGUCCAACAUAUGUAAUUGUAUUUCCAACCUGUCACUUGGCUUGUCCCGAUUGGCAACUUCUUCGUAUAUGGCACAAACAGUAGAUACGCUGGAAGACACUCUCUCUAGUACCCGAGUUGUUCUCAGUACCACGGCAGAGUGCUUCGCAUGCCACUGUCAUUCGGCAGGUCCGCGCAUGGUAGUCUUGCUACUCAUCGCAAGCAGCAUCAGCCUGAUCGCAAACAUCAUCAGCAACCAGUGUGCGAGCUCGGGUCAAACGGCGGUGGUCGUUUCGGACACAACCUGGCCAAACAGAGUCAUUCAGCAUAGUCGUAGCCCACGUCGUCUCUCCGAAUCCGACCUUGUGGAUUCGUCCCUGCACAAGGCAUCGGGCAUUUCGGGACCCAAGUUCAACAGAUACCUACCUACAAUGAGAGAGGAACGGCUCAUGCGAUCGGCCUUGUUACUGAAUGCGAUCGAUCAGACUUGUACCGCCAGUCGUCGCUUGCUGCAACUGGCGAACAACUACAGACUCUCGCUGCAGUCCGGCGGCGGCUUGCAUGUGGACCAGACAAGUGCAAUGCUCUUUUUCUCUCGCCUACCAUCAACAAUGCGCAUGUCUUCCACCGGCAGACAGUCAGAAACGACGAUGGUUCAAGGGCUGCAGUACAUCUGCGAAACGAUGGAGCAGAUUGCGCGCGACAUGUCUCGGCAUGCCGAGGAUUUUGCAAUCUUUCAUCGCCAAGCAAGCAAGCGGUAG